AUGUAUCGAGGGCCAUUAAACUCUGAUUAUCAACGAGGCCCAGGCCCCCAUUGCCACCGACCCGGACCGGGACCUGGACCGGGAGGUACGCCGAGUUCUCCCCAUUUUCGGAAUACGCUGAGGCCGUCUUUUCACUCCCCAUAUGGUGUACCACCGUACAUGGGUCAACCAAUGGGCCAUCCGCCAGGACCGUAUCAGUCUAUGACUCCAGCACCUGACAGUCAGUUACGCUUAGGUGGGCUUGGCAGAGACCCACUGUACGAUACGCAACCAUUCACCAACUUACCUGCAGACCAUGGAAUGGCUGUAACUAUGAAUCAACAGGUUCAUCCUUCAAACCAACCAGCACCUCAGGGAUGGGCAGUUCAGCCACAGGAUUCCCACAGCCGAGACGAAAUUGAGAAAGCGGAGGAAUUCCUCAAGUCUCUCGCUGCAAAGGAGAGACUCCACCAGCAGGCAGAGAGGGAGGCGAGCGAGCGGGGAUACUGGAGACAAGGCCUGGAUCCUCACAGGAUCCAAAGCCCCUCCCGCCAUGCCAGAGGUCGGAGCAGGAGCCGUGGGAAGAGCGUCAGCAGGAGCAGGAGUCGAAGUAGGAGUAGGAGGAGGGGCAGAGCAAGGAGUAAAAGCAGAACGAGGAGCAAGAGCAGGGCGCGGAGCCGGAGCCGUAGCCGAAGCCGCAGCCGCGCUAAAAGUCACGGCAGGGCCAAAAGUCGUCCUAGGAAUAGGAGUCGAAGCAGAAGCCGAGGGAAGAGUUUGCCGCGGAGUAAGAGUCAACCUAGUCUUGGAGGUUUGGGUCUCGGGAUGGACUUGGCUCACGGCUGUAUGAGAGAGCCCAGUCGCUGUUGUAGUGGCAGUAGCGGCAGCAAUACCUCCAGCACGUCCACCAGAACCAGCGCAGAUCUGCUCCUGGGCCUUAAACAGGUUCUACAGAGUAAAGAUCUUGAGAAACACCUGUCUGUGGUGAAGAAUGCUUUCUUAUGGAAUCAGAGCAUGGGUACUAGCAUCACUUCUGCACCUUUCCAGAACACAGCCAUUAAAACUGAGACGGAAACAUCCAACGACCCUAGUGACACCUCUCUCCUCCCCCAUGAACGUGUACGGUCAGAUGGGAUUGGUUUCUCCCGAAUCCUUGGCUGGGACCAAGGCUUGGGUGGCCUGGAUGCAAGCAAGCCCAUCUUUACCAACAUAGAAGACGAGGAGAAAUUUCUUUACGGAGAGGAAGAAGAGAAAAGCAAACCACAGGCUGUCACUGUCCCACUGGCUCAGUCCGGUGGCAGCCAAUCAUCUGCCUCAAAUUCACCCCAUCAGCUCAACAGAACUUUAUUUUCCAGCAGCAUAGGCCAGUUUGACUCAAAACACCAAGCCAUAGCAACCAAACCCCUCUCAAGGCCAGAGGUUAGAGAACGGGUGAGCAUAGAGGAGUGUGAGAAGGUUAGAAAUCUCCUGAAGACCAUUGGACUAAACCUGGGAACAGCAGAUAUCAAUAAGAUGGCUACCAGACUGAAGGAGCUGAAUGAGAGAAAGCCAGAUCUACAGGCCUCUAAGACAGAAGGCCAGCAGACUCAUAGUAAUCAUCACACACCACUUCGCAGAAGCUGUUCUCCCAGAGACCACCGUCAUAAAGAUUCGACAAUGGAGAGAGAGAAAGAAAGGAUAGAUCAACAGAUCCAGAUGAAGAGGAAAGAGUAUCUGGUAAAAGAGUUAGAGGGCCUCCUUAAGCAAGGAGGUUCUGGUUCCCUGAUUCCAGUGAUUGGGUUUUUCUGUCAGUGCUGUGAAGAGUUUUUUGGUGACCUGAGCAGUGCUGAGGGACACAAAAAAGACUGCAAACGACGCAACGACACGCACAAGAAAGUGGAGAAGGAACAUAAUGUUGAUGUGAGGAGACACAUAGACAACACUUCCAGAGCCCUAGUGAAGGACGAGAGACCUGGGAGCUCACGGACCCAUAAAGACUUUCCCAAGCCAAGCCCAGAGAGGAAGAGAAGAUGUGAGGAGAUGGAGGACAAGAAGAGAUCACUCUCUUCUCCAUCACACAGGGCUGAAAACAAGGGAACAGCUGAGCUGAAGAGAAGUUCCAAAGAGAAGAGUAAGGACAAUUCUGAAUGUGGGAAAGAAUCCACCAAAAGCCACAAAAAGAAAAAGAAAAAAGAGAAGAAGAAAGAGAAGAAGAAAGCA